AUGACUUGCGGUCUGAAGCUAGCCGCCGCUCGUUACGGCAACCAUACCUUGCGCCAGAGGAUCCCACUCAACGCGGUGCGCCGAUACUCUUCUCAGACUACUACUUCUACGGCUCCCCCCACCUCGCCGUUUGCUCCUCGCCAUUUCCUUUCCAUCGCUGAUCUUACCUCAACGGAGUUCGCAACCCUCGUCCGCAAUGCAUCUUCACACAAAAGAACCAUCAAGUCCGGGUCCAUCCCUCAGAAUCUGCUUGGCUCGAUGACUGGGCAAACAGUCGCCAUGCUGUUCAGCAAACGCAGUACCAGGACCAGGAUAUCUACUGAAGGGGCUGUGGUGCGCUUGGGAGGACAUCCAAUGUUUCUAGGCAAGGAUGAUAUCCAACUUGGGGUCAAUGAGUCCUUAUAUGACUCUGCAGUUGUAAUCUCCUCCAUGGUCUCUUGCAUUGUAGCCCGAGUCGGCAAGCACGCUGAAGUUGCAGACCUUGCCAAGCACUCAACGGUGCCUGUGAUCAACGCUCUCUGUGACUCCUUCCACCCCCUCCAGGCCAUUGCCGAUUUCCAGACCAUCUACGAAACAUUUACUCCUAAGGCCCAUCGCUCGGAUAGUUUGGGUCUCGAGGGCCUCAAGAUUGCCUGGGUUGGCGAUGCAAACAACGUUCUGUUCGACAUGGCGAUCGCUGCUACCAAGCUAGGUAUUGAUAUCGCCGUUGCGACCCCGAAGGGCUAUGAGAUUCCUGCUCCGAUGAUGGAGUUCAUCAAGCAGGCCAGCAAUGGUGUCUCGAAGCCAGGAAAGAUUAUUGAAACCAACGUUCCUGAGGAGGCGGUUAAGGGUGCAGAUAUCCUGGUGACUGACACCUGGGUUUCCAUGGGACAGGAGGCUGAGUCGAUCAAGCGAAUUAAGGACUUCGAGGGCUUCCAGAUCACUUCGGAACUUGCCAAGCGUGGUGGUGCGAACGAAGGCUGGAAGUUCAUGCACUGCCUGCCUCGUCACCCUGAGGAAGUCAGCGAUGAAGUUUUCUACAGCCCGCGAUCCCUGGUCUUCCAUGAGGCGGAGAAUCGGCUGUGGGCUGCGAUCUCAGCCAUGGAGGGCUUUGUUGUCAAUAAGGGAAAGAUUGAGUAA